UCAUCAACUAUCCAACGUACACAGAGACACAGUUACGCUCCCACUCUCUCUCUCGCCGGUCGGAGAGAGAAGUACCCAAGAAAAAAAAAUGGCAUCCUCCGCCUCGCUAUCUUCGCCACUCCACUUCCCCAACCCCAAUCCCAGGCCCAUAUUCUCCCCAAAGCCCACAAAACCCACCACGCUAAGACCCCCUGCCCCCAUCACUACCGUCAAGCCCCUCUUCGCCCUCCCUCCCGCCGACGUCGACAGCGCCACUAUCGCCGCCAUUGGCGGCGGCUCAGUGGCCGCCCUCGCCGCCGCGCUCUCCUUAUCGGACCCAGAAAACAGGCGCCGCCUCCAGGCUGAGGAGGUCGGCGGCGGCGACAAGGAGGUCGUGAAGGACUACUUCAACAAGUCCGGGUUCGAGCGGUGGAAGAAGAUAUACGGAGAGACGGAUGACGUCAACAGGGUUCAGAGGGACAUCAGGCUCGGCCACUCCAAGACCGUUGAGAAUGUGAUGAAGAUGUUGACCGAUGAGGGCCCACUUCAGGGGGUCUCUGUGUGCGACGCCGGGUGUGGGACCGGGUGCUUGGCCAUUCCGUUGGCCAAGGAAGGGGCGGUUGUCACGGCUGCUGAUAUUUCAGCUGCCAUGGUUGCAGAGGCUGAGAGGCAGGCAAAAGAGCAGCUUAAGUUAAGCAAUGGCUUCUCGGCAGGGCCAGUACUGCCGAAAUUCGAAGUGAAGGAUUUGGAGAGCUUGGAUGGGAAGUACGACACAGUGGUCUGUCUUGAUGUUUUGAUUCAUUACCCGCAGAGCAAGGCUGAUGGGAUGAUUGCCCAUCUUGCUUCAUUGGCGGAGAAUCGCUUACUUAUAAGUUUUGCACCAAAGACAUUGUAUUAUGAUGUGCUAAAGAGGAUAGGAGAGUUGUUCCCGGGGCCUUCGAAGGCAACGAGGGCGUAUCUACAUUCGGAGGCAGAUGUGGAGAGAGCCUUGAAGAAGGUUGGGUGGAGGAUAAGGAAGAGAGGACUAACCACUACACAAUUUUAUUUUUCGAGGCUGGUCGAGGCUGUUCCUGCUAAGUGAGGAAGAGUGCCAUAUUUGAGUUCUGCAUUUUGCUCUGAUACCGAAAAUUCUUAGGAUCUUCCUCUAACUGGUUGUAAAGCUCAUUUACAUGUACGUUCUCACGAAUCUCAUCCUCUUCGUGUAUGUAUGGCUUUUGUACUCUUUAUAUACUAGAUGUUCAUGUAUCAAUCUUAAUUGUAUGAUGACAAUUUUGUGUCUUUAUAUGAAAUUUAAAGUCGUUGCCUUUGA